GGCAUCAUGAGACCACUCCGUCCUCAUAGCGUGCCUCUUACAGUGCCUCCUUUAGUGUCAGACGAACGACAUAGCCAGCCAUCAUGAGGCACCAACAAGCAUUCCUUCUUCUGGUACUUUCUGCUUGCCUGUUGCCUCUCCUGCGAGCUCAUAAGGUAAAGCACGAAAAAUCCAUCAAGAAACACGAAGACGAAGCCGAAGUCAGAGCAACUAGAAUCAUUGGAAUCGGAUGAAGAAGACGACGAUGAGGAAUUCGAUCUCGAAGAAGAGAUGUUCGGAAGCCACAACCGAGGUCGUCAGGGGAUCAACCUCCUGGACGAGAGCAUGGAUGUGGUAUUGAGCGAACCUACAGACCGUGUUCUGCGCGCUCUGGUUGCUCCCGAGGGUCACCCCAAGAAACUCUCUUUCGAUCAGGUGAGGAAAGUUCACCAAGAAAGGAUGGCGAGAAUUGCCGAGGAAAACGUGGACCGCUCGCCCUUCCAACAAGAUUUCCAGGAAAUGUUGGAGAAAGAACACGAGGCGGUUGACAAGGAUGACGACAACGAAGGCUUCCUGAACAAAGUCCUCAGAGCAGUUUGGUAAAUGAUCGGACUCGGAAAAUAUGCUUGAUAGAUUUCCUGAUUCAGUUUCCACUCAGAGGAAUAUAAUGGAUGGAUAAAAGCCACAUUCGCAAGUGCAUGGGCUGUGCAGUACGCCCGGAUUAUUUGGGAUUUGUAUGAAGGAUUCGUAAUAUCAAUGUCAAAAUUAUGGUUAGAAUAAAAUGGAGGGAAAA